GCGGACACACGCGCGCGCUCCCGCACUCAGACAGAUGCGCGCUCUUGAUCGGCGGCUGCAGCGGAAGCUCUUCUCCUUCUCUGAGGUCGUCGCGCACGCGCACCGGUGUGAUGGCGGCCGCGCGCUCUCUGGUUCUCCGCCGUGAAUUGUGAGCAGAUAACCGGAUAAAUCAGAAAUGACACGCCGACAGGACUCGGUUCUUCUGGGAAGCUGCGCUAUCCUCCUGUUUCUGAACACUGGAGGUUCUGCUCUACCGAACCGGACCAGCGAUGUGCAUAAUGAGGCCACGGACAGUAAUAAAGAGCCUCUGAGAUUCCCUCUUGAGCUCCAGCACAACAGCAGUGCUGAGGGCCGCUUGCGGGUUCUGGGGGACAGCGGGCCCCUGUGCGCCUACCGCAGUCUAGGCCCCGGUGAUCCCGGGCGGCUCUGCUUCCGAUACGCCCGGCCUGACUUCAGGUGUGCCAGCGGGUCCUGCCAACAGGUGAGCUCAGGGGACGGGCAGCUCACGGCAAACAUACUGACCAAUGGAAGCGUGUUCAUCCAGUGGGCCCUCAGUGACUCUGUGGCCCCGCCGGGGCAGCCGGGCGGCUUCAGGCUCAGCUGCUGGUGGAACGGCAGCUACACACAGUUCGAAUGCGGCGGGGUUCACUUCGGCAGCAGCUGCAGGGAUUAUUUACUCAAUGAGCUGCACACUAACGUGCCCUACCGCCUCUGCAUGCGGCCCUACGCCACAGACCGGGCCCAGGCCUGCGUGGAGUUCAGCCUGGCCCCCGGCGGGAUGCAGGACAUCGUGAUCGCCAUGACGACCGUGGGCGGGGCCAUCUGUGUGAUGCUGGUCAUCAUCUGUCUGCUGGUGGCGUACAUUACUGAAAACAUCAUGAACCCGACUGCGCACACGCAUAGAUCACACCUGCACACACACCUGUGAUCUCUGACAUCACACACACGCAUUCACACAGCUCAGGAUCAGAAGCAAAGGGCUGAAUCCUGCUCCUGAGAUACACAACACUGCUCACUCGGCACAGAGCAUCAAUGCAUUGUGGGUGACAGUAUUUAAUCUGAACACAGCAAUACACUUUGCUCUAUACAGCAGUUUACCUGUGUUAAUGUGCAUCUGCAUUUCAUCACUCCACUUUACCAGAAUAAACUGUGCACUCACUGAUAUUCACACUGGUAGUUCUACAUUUGUCUUAGAAAAGCAAUGGAUCAGGGCGUAAUGACGACCCUGUCUGUGCUCGCUCAUGAUAAUGUUGAGCAGUGAGGCGGAGCUGCUUUAUUUAUGUUAGGGUGUGCGUGUCGUUUUAUACUUUUGAGUGUCAAACCCAAUAAUUUGCAGUAUGCCUUAUCUUUACACAACUCUUCUAAUCAUGAGUUAGUACUCCUCACCAAAAUAAGGACCCACGGACUGGCUGAGCAGUCAUUUGAAUACUGUGCUUUCUCUGUGACAAACCUUUCUCUCAAUAAAGGAGGUGGAAUUUAAACAAU